UGGCACAACAGAGGCAAGAUGAGAGAUACCUCCAGGGUUGGUAUCACUGCGGCUCAGCUGAGAGAAACAACAUGGGGGAGAACCGGCCUGCUAAUUUGUUUAAGGACUUCACGGAGUCGGUCACUAAUAUGGUGGACCGCCCCGUGACAUGGUUCAGAGAGAGUGUUGUGGCCAAUAACCGUCCACAAUACAACUGGUACCAUCAGCAGUUCCGCCGCGUGCCCACCAUUGACGAGUGCUACACGGAUGACAUAGUUUGUUACACGGAGGCCAAUGAGCAGUUCAAGCGAGACAAGCAGGUGGACAGUGAGAUCCUAAACAUCCUAAGGCAGCGGCAGGAAGACUGUAUAAUCUAUGAGAAAAAUGACCACCGCACCAAGUGUGCCCAUAUCAUGGAGGAAUAUAACAAGGCAGCAGAGAACUGGUUUAUCAAAUAUGGAGACCUGGGCACGUAUGGUGACGUCAAGACAGCUUAUAUGAAGCAGAAGCACCGCCUCAUCUGGGAGCGGCGCCACGGGAAGGUGGGCUCCGGCAUGAAGACUAACAUGGACUGAGGUCAUUGGCCACUCUUGUAAAGACUUUCCAGUUAGUUAUCUUGUAUCAUGCAGAGAGGACAUCAUCAGCUUUCCCACAUAGUAAUAUCCAUCAGUUAAGAUUCUAAAGUGCACUCUGACAAGUUUGUAAAUAUUUAUAAUGGUAAUAAAGUUACUUACGUUA